GCUUACCACAUACAAGACAGGGUUCACGAAAAUUUGACAAAUAAUGCUCCCAACAGCCUUCAGCUCUGUGACAACGUCUGUUAUAUAAAGAACCAUUAUUGUGAAGGUAUCGGCAAAUAUAGA